CAUGAAACACACGCGGCAACAACUUCCUAUACAUCCUCUCGCGAUAUUUCCAUCAUGGGGUGUAAAAAGUGGAGAUGCAGAGAUGUUGGCCAUUAAGUUAAGUAAAUGUGCUUUUCAAGAGGCGAUGUGAAGGCAGUGAGUAGCCUAUUUAGGGUGAUUUAGUUUUAGAAUAAGAUGUUUGUUUUUAAGAAUAUAUCAUUGUAAUACAUAUGAUGAUAAGAUACAGUAUGUUUUUCAUGUUAACAACAAAAAUGUUGAAACAUUUCCUUGGUCAGUAUGGCAGGUUCAGCUUGUGUGACCUUUGGUGAUGCCAACUUUACUUUGCAUCUUGUUUGAGUGUCUGCAGUGAUUUUCCUAAUGUAUUGAGAACAUAUGCAGAGUUUUUCUGGAGAAAGCUCUCUGAUUUCCAUGUGACAGACGGAAGUGAUCUUGCUCAGCUCCAGCAACAGAUCCAGCAGCAUUAUGUGCUUUAGCUCUGUACAUUAAUAUAACGAUGGGCAUGUUACUCCGAACCUCUGUCUUUUUAUGGAUAUCAGUUGGAUUUCUAUCUUUACCAGAGAAGUCUGAGGCCUGUACAGGCAAUUACUCCCUUGCGCGGUGUGAAUUUGUUUUCAGAAAUGUCUGUUUUGAGUUUGUUGGGGGAUCUAAAACCUGGUUCCAAGCCAGGGGCAGCUGUGAAAAGCGAGGAGGGGAGCUCCUGAAGGUGAUGAACAGCCCAAUCAAAAUGUUCCUAAAGAACAUCACCAGAGAGGGAAACACCGGCAACUUCUCCUGGUGGCUAGGGGAGGGGGUCCAAGGGCAAUACCAGGAACCCACCUUAUUAAAUGCUGACAACUGCACGUACAUGAAGCUGAAUCCUCUUAAGCUCAUCAAAACAUCGGACUGCAAGCAGAGACGAGGCUUCCUCUGCACCCACAAUGUGUGGUCUUCAAACACAAAGGUAAGAGAUACUUUUCACAGUCAGUAG